AGAUUGCAUGACAUGACGAUACAUACUCGUAAACACAUUCAUGUUUUGUUAAUACCACUUUAGUGUGAACUUUAAGUCGGACAUUACUAACUAUAAGUCUUACUGGAUUGACGACCAAAGCUGUCGUUAACACAUAUUUUACCUUAUGUAACUGAUUUUAUUGUCCUUUUUCUAAUGCAAUCUCUCUGUUACAGUUUGUUGCUGUCAUGUGCUUGUUCGGCGCAGUUCGCGCCAGUGGCUGGCAUGGAGCCGGUCUCGGCUACUCCUCUGGCCUCGGCUAUGCGUCUGGUCUCGGAUACUCUGGCUACGUGGCCCCCGCCUACGCCUCACCUAUUGUCGCUAAGACCGUAGUCGCAGCCCCCAUUGUCACUAAAGCUGUGAUUCCUGCCGUCGCCUACGCACCUGCUUUGUCAUCCGUCUCCCGCUACCAAGUCCACUCAUCUCCUAUUGUGAAGUCCUACGUAGCCCCUGUGUCCUACGCGGCUUACUCUUCCCCCUACCCCGUAGCCUACGGCCAUGGCUACAGCGGUUUUGGCAGCUACGGCUAUGGCGGUUACGGCCAUGGUGCUAAAUACCUCUGGUAAAAAGAUAAAGGUGAACACCAAAUAAUAAUUUUGAUAUAAAAUUGUAAAUAUUGUAUUUCUUUCGAUGUAAAGUAUGGAUGUUCUAAUUUAUCAAAAGGCUCCUAUGUAUAUAAUAAACGUGUACCUGUUAAAGUA